AUUAAACAGUCUAAAGACGAAACAGAAACGAUGAAGGCAACAGCGAUUAUUCUAUUCAUUGGAGUUACUCUAUUCGCCGGUGCAUCCCUCUCGCAGGCGGCACGAACCUUAAAUCGUUGCACCUUGGCCCGUGAGAUGGCCGCCAGGGGUGUGCCUCGUGAUCAAUUGGCUCGUUGGGCUUGCAUUGCCCAGCGUGAGAGUGACUAUCGCACCUGGGUGGUGGGUCCAGCCAAUUCGGAUGGCUCCAAUGAUUAUGGAAUUUUCCAACUCAAUAAUCUAUAUUGGUGUCAACCGGCAAAUGGUCGUUUCUCGCACAAUGGUUGCCGCAUCAGUUGCAAUGACUUGCUCACCGAUGAUAUUACCAAUUCGGUGAGAUGUGCCCAAAGGGUAUUGAGUGAACAAGGUUGGGGUGCCUGGUCAACUUGGAGAUUCUGCAAUGGAAAUUUGCCCUCCAUCAAUGAUUGCUUCUAAGUAGACACACAAAUACACAUACAUACAUACAUAUAUCUGUCCUAAUGCAAAAUGAAUAAAUCGUUGACAAUUGUAUAAUCAAAAGGAAAAUCAAAA